AUGGCACCUAAAUUCAGGGAUGGGGAUGCCGUCGUGACCCUUAAUGGAAAAUGGAUUUCUUACGCUCACACCCUCUUUGCGGCCUUCGCUUUCAUCGGCGCCUUCGUCGUUGGCGUUCAAUUGCACUUUCAUAAAAUCGUGCAAAACGAGCACUUCGGCUACCCGGAUGAAUGGUUCCCCUCUGUCUCCGCGACAAUCGGUGACCGGUAUCCCGAACGAUCAGUCUUUCAAGUAUUCAUUGCCAUCACUUCUGGCCCCCGUUUCGCUCUCGUUUUUCUCUGGUAUCUGAUGACCGCACGGCCCGGUUCGACGUUGCCCAAAGUCGUCGCUUUCACUGGUGUAUUUCGAACAUUGACAUGUGGUGGAUGGACUUAUGUGACAUCAACGGACGAUCAUGACUGGCACGACAUCUUCAUGAUUUCGUAUUUGGUUGCGACUCUUCCAUGGACAUUGGGCUGUCUAGCUCUCAGCCCCGCAAACCGCCGUGCGGUCAAAUACCGCAAGGUCCUUGCCAGCCUCUUUUUCGGAACCUUGGUUCCCUUGGUCUACUACUUUAUCCAGCACAAGGUGCACAAGGUUGCCGGAGCUUACACCAAGUAUGCCUUCUUUGAAUGGUCUCUGAUCAUCUUUGACGUCGGAUUCGACGCGGUAACAGCUCUGGAUUUUGACGCUUUUGAACUGGUGGUGAGGGAUGUAAAAGGAGUUAGCAGAGGACAACUCAAAACAACCGCAGACAAUGUAAUCGAGAAAGAAAAGGAUAAGCCCGUUGGAAACACUUUUGGUACCGGUUUCUCAUGGCCUGAAGCCUUUGAUGUCGCUGCUGACGUUUACAAUGGGUUUGUUUUCUGGUCUAACUACACUGCGAUGCCUCUUCUCGUGUGGUACUUCCCUCUAUGGCAUAUGGGCAUCUCGGGCUAUGAGGUUAUCAUUGUUACCACCAUCUCUCCAUUAAUCCUGGCCAUUCCAUCUGUUCGAUCCUUGGUGGUGCGUAACAGGGCUUUGUUUCAAUUCUUACCUUUGACUGGAUUGAUGGCUUUCCUCGUCCAUGACCCUGUCUACCGUCUCUUUAUCACUGGAUUCUCAGUCGCUAUGGGUUGCCUCGUAUGGUCAGCGACAUUCUACGGCGAACGGGCAUUGAACGUACGACUAGAGUCUCGCAUUUCUGCCUUUGCCAUUGGUCUUGUCAUGUCGAAUGUGGCCAAGUUUGCCUUCCAAACAAAUAACCCUGUCUGGCCGACCAUGAACGCCGAGAAUGGUGGAUGGAACAAAUUUGGACUUUUCCUUGGUGUUCUCGCUGCUAUUCGCUCUGCAAGACAGCCAUCUGUAAGCGGAGGCGACUAUUAUCCACCAUCAGGUAAGAAAGGCUCAGCCAUUCUUGCCGGUGUUGGUAUUGGAGGAGUUCUCUUUGGUGUUCAUUCACUCUUGUCCGAUUCCAGCACAAUGAUUAGUUGGGUUUGGGAAGGUUUCCCCAUUCGGGGACCUAUCCAAGUUCCUCAUGGUGCGUUGACAAUAUUCGUCAUGGGUGCGGGUUAUCUGUUCGGCUUGUACAACCCACGUCUAGCCGGGUCAUGGACAGCAUUUGGCGUUGGAUCUCUCGGUGCUGCAGUGCUUACCUGCUACAGCCACUGGUUUGGCUUCUACGGUGGCCUUACUAUUGCUUUCUACUUGAUGGCUGUAACCCCUGUGCUCUUUGCCUCUGCUGUCCAUCACUCCCCCGCAUCCACUUUUGGUACAGGAUUCUGUGUCUGGGUCUUCCUAACUCUUUUCCACGUCUGGGUUGUGGCGUACGCCUUUGUCCCUGGUGGUCCUUUGGUUCGUGAGCGCACCGAUUGGUUGAUGACCAUAACCAUGCUGUGUGUGGGUGCUGGUGUCUUUUCCGGCUCCGUGACCAACUCUGGCCCUUCCAAGAAGAACUUUGUCAACCCCAACGGUCGUAGGCAGCGCUCAUACUAUGUUUAUGCCCUUGCAGUCCUUCAGCUUCUGGCGGUGGCCAUCGCUUACCUCCGAUUCCCUACGAAUGACUACGCUCCCUACCACAAGGAAGACAAGGUUGCUACGGCUGGUAUCUGGACUAUCCACUUCUCUCUUGAUAAUGACAUGUGGUCUUCCGAGCAGCGCAUGAUCAAUCUUAUCCGUGAGGCCGAACUCGACAUAGUCGGUCUGCUAGAGUCCGAUACCCAGCGCAUUAUCAUGGGCAACCGUGAUUUUACCGCGGUCCUCGCUGAGGAGCUCGGUAUGUACGUGGACUAUGGCCCAGGACCUAACAAACACACCUGGGGAGCUGCACUACUGUCGAAGUUCCCCAUUGUCAACUCGACUCAUCAUUUGUUGCCAUCUCCUGUUGGUGAAUUGGCUCCCGCCAUUCAUGCAACCCUCAACAUGUACGGUGAGAUGGUAGACGUCGUCGUGUUUCACUCCGGUCAGGAAGAAGACCCCGAGGACCGACGGCUACAAACCGAAUACCUCUCGAAACUCAUGGGCUCUUCACCUCGUCCAUUGAUUCUUUUGAGUUAUCUAGUCACCAAACCACUUGAAGGCAACUACAACACGUAUGUGAGUGAUGUCAGUGGAAUGAAAGAUAUCGAUUCCACGGAUUGGGACAGAUGGUGCGAGUACAUUCUGUACAAGAAAUUGAAGCGUACUGGUUAUGCCAGAAUUUCCAGGAGCACGAUCACCGAUACUGAACUUCAGGUUGGCAAAUUUGUCAUCGGUCAACCGGAAUCCGAGGAGGAGGUUCGCAUCCCAGAGGAGAUGGUUCCUGAAGGUCAACGCUUCCCUGCGUUGUUCCGUGGUGAGGGUGUUCGUGGUCACCGUUACCAUGUUUUUGAUGAACCGAGGUACUUUCAAUGA